CAAAAAAUAGUAACUAGGAUCUGGUCCCACUAAAAUCAUCGAAUGUGCCCUGCAGAAUGUAUCAGAUUAUUUUAGUUUAGUUUUAUUUUCAUUGAGACGGCACAAAAGAAGCAAAUUUAAGAAACGCUCAGAACAGAAGUGAAAGCACAAGAUUCAGUCGGAAAAAGGCCGGAGCAACGCACAGAAAACGGAGCAGGAACCAACCCAAUGGCCGACGAAGCUGCAGUGCCCCCCGCAGACAGUGCGGCACCUGCACCCGCAGCUGCAGCUGGAGAGGAUCACACUACGCUGACCGUGCCAACGGCGCCGCCUGCGCCAGCUAACAAAGCGCCCACAGACACCUCCACGUCCACCACAGUCCAGGUGGGGGAUGGGGCGGAGGCGGAGCGCUGCUGCUGGAUCUGCUUCGCCACCGACGAGGACAACCGGCUGGCGGCGUGGGUGAGACCCUGCCAGUGCCGCGGCACCACCAAGUGGGUGCACCAGAGCUGCCUCUACCGCUGGAUCGACGAGAAGACCCAGAGGGGCAACGCCCUGCGCUCCGUGUCCUGUCCGCAGUGCCAGACGGAGUACAUAAUCGUGUUCCCCCAGAUGGGCAAAUUCGGACGCGCCCUGGAGGCGAUGGACAACCUCAUAAAGCGCCUCAGCCCCUUUUUGGCGGCUGGCUUCUUUGUGGGCUCCCUGUACUGGACAGCCGUCUCUUAUGGGGCGGUUACGUUCUUGCAGAUAGUGGGCCAUGAGCACGGCAUGUCCAUAAUGGAGGCCGGCGAUCCGCUCGUGCUCCUCAUCGGACUGCCGGCAAUCCCGGUGGGACUGGUUCUUGGCCGCUUGAUUCGCUGGGAGGAUGCCCUGUUGCGUCUGAUUCGAAACCGCGGCACUGUGGUGCGGAAGUUUCCCUUUGUGAGCCUCAUCUACCCGAACCUCAACCAGGAUGAUGAGCAGCAGAGCACCAGCAAUCCGGCCACCCCGGCGCUGACCGACCCUGUGUCGGCCACGCGAGUUUUCUGUGGCGCCCUGCUGCUGCCCACCAUAUCCUCGAUUCUGGGUCGGAUUCUCUUUGACUCCGUGGACAACACGCUGCACCGCACACUGCUCGGCGGACUCACCUUUAUAACGGUAAAGGGAAUCCUCAAAAUUUACCUCAAGCAGGAGCAGUACGGUCGCCGUAAGAAGCGUAGAAUCGAGGACUACACGGAGGAAAACAUCCGCAACUUCAUGCAUCGCAACAAUAACAACGCCGCAGGCGCAGGCGCAGCACGACAGGACCCGCAGCAGCAGCAGCAGCAGCAGCCGCAGCAGCGACCAGUGCCACCAGUGCAGCGAAUGGAUGCAGUAAUCACUCGCCCACGCGGCAACAGUGGCGGAAGCGUUGUCUAGAAGGCAUUGGGAUCGGAUCGGAUCCAAUUUAUAGGGCCAACUGUUUUCCACGAUUUAUCGUUUGUUUUAAGUUAAUUGUUUUACCUCUCACACUUGCAAGGACACACAACCACAAGCCCACUUAAUUGGCUUUAGGUGGCUGAGAAUCUGGCAAACUGUUUGCAGGUAAGCAAGCUAAAUUUAUUGUUAAAGUACACUAUGUGUAAUGGCCGGAAAAUAAAUGUAUUUUCAAACUAGAUGCCAGCUAAACCUGGCAAAUAUUUUGUUAACAACUCAACAAAAUCCGCCAUGUCCUUGCGUAGAUAUAAUAUCGAUAUAGUACAUAGUGGAUUUAUAUAUUUAUAUGCUUCCACACACUUGAAUUUAUACGUUACCCUUUUUGUAAAUUAAAAAGUUGCCUCUGUAAAUAAAAGCAAAACCCUCGGCUGUGGGUGAGUUAUAACCAUGA